AUGGAGGCUCAAAUUCAUCAACUUGAGCAAGACGCGUACUCUGCCGUCUUGCGUGCUUUUAAAGCUCAGUCAGAUGCUCUUACUUGGGAGAAAGAGGGUUUGAUAACUGAGCUAAGAAAAGAGUUAAGGGUUUCAGAUGAUGAACACCGAGAGCUUCUUACCAGGGUUAAUUCCGAUGAAAUAAUCCACCGCAUAAGGGACUGGAGACAAACUGGCAUUUACCAACCUCCAAGACGCAGCACAUCACAGCCUGUUCAUGAUAUUUUACCCAGUCCAACUGUUUCAGCCUCCCGCAAAAAACAGAAGACGUCUCAUUCGGGUCAGUCAUUGCCUGGUUUGUCUACCGUAAAGUCUGGACCGUACGCUUCCACUGGACCCGCUGGGGCUAGGCAUUUUGCAAAUCGCAAUUCUUCUAGUAAUCUGAUAUCUAACGCGCCUGGUGAAGGAGCAUCAUUUGAUCCGUUGAUUGGGAAGAAAGUUUGGACUAGAUGGCCUGAAGACAACCACUUUUAUGAAGCCGUUAUAACCGAUUACAACCCUACCGAGGGUCGGCAUGCUUUGGUUUAUGAUAUUAAUAAAGCAAAUGAAACUUGGGAAUGGGUUGAUCUCAAAGAGAUAUCACCUGAGGAUAUAAGAUGGGAAGGUGAAGAUCCGGGCAUACUCCACAGAAGUGGACAUAGCAGUCAAGGUCGUGGAGCAAAGAAAUUCUUCAGCCAUGGUGGUAAUGAUACUUUAGGUGCUGGAAGAGGAAGAGGACAUCCAAGAUAUCAACCCAGAAUGUUGCUGAUCAUCAGAACAAAAGCUCUUUCAGUUUCAAUAGUCUCCUUCGUAAGCCUAGGAAGCAACGCAAGGUGGCGGAGUAUUACAAGAACCAAGAGAGACUCCUUGAAGGGUUUAACGAAAUGGAGGCUAUGCAUGAAACCGGUUUUUACCCUGGAGGUCUCACCGAGGAUGAAAUGA